AUGUAUAAUUCAAACGCUUCCGCAUCGCAACCCAUCACAUCGGAAGAUAUCGAUGAGGGAAUUAAGCGAUUACAAGAAGAAGCAAAUAGAAACGCGACACAAUCAAACGCGCAAGCUCAAUACAAACCGCAGAAAGAAACGGACGAAGCAGCCGACCUUAGGGACAUAUUGCGGGAAAUGAGACGGGAAAUUAGAAGUAUGCAUGCCGAGAUAUACGAUUUAAAAAUGAGAGGAUCGCAACCCCGACAAAACAAUGAGCAUAGAACUCCGCCGGGAGAAAGAACCGAAACCGCGUACGAGUCCACACCCGAAGAUGUACGACAUCGAAGAGGACGCGGAUUUUUACCAUUAAAAGAGGCUCGCGGAAUGAUUCCGGAAUUCGACGGAUCGCCAAAUAAAUUGCAAGAAUUUUUGAGCGCGACUACAUAUGCAGUAGAACAUAUUGACCCAUUAGACGAAGUAACGCUAUUAGGAGCAGUAUUAUGCACGAAAUUAAAAGGCAGAGCGAUGCUAGACUUUCAAACGCGUAAAAUUCAAGAUUUCGCACAGUUGAAACAAGAAUUAGAGGUCUGUUACGCAAGCAAAAAGAGUACGACCCAUCUACAAAUUGAAUUUAACACGCUAAAACAGAAGAACGGAGAAAGCGCGCGAACUUACGGACUUAGAGCCGACAAACUAGCCAUGGAGCUAUACGAAUCGAUGAUGGAAGGACGUCAUCAUACAGUAGAUAAUAAACGCGCAAUCAUGGAAAUAAUACAGCAACAAGCCUUAGAAAAUUUCCAAAUAGGAUUGCAAGACGAAAUUAAAACAAUUGUUCGAUCGCGAGGAUAUGCUACGUUGCAAGAAGCAAUAGCAGCGGCCAGCGCGGAAGAACCAUCACAUCGGAAGAUAUCGAUGAGGGAAUUAAGCGAUUACAAGAAGAAGCAGAUAGAAACGCGAUACAAUCAAACGCGCAAGCUCAAGCAGCCGACGAGCUUAGAGACAUAUUGCGGGAAAUGA